GCUCUGAGCAGAAGCCUCCCUCUCUCCUCCCUGAGUGGACUCCCAUCUCUCCAAGAAUCUUUUUUACUGCUGCCAUGGAGGGGAAAGAUCUCAGCUGAUCUGUUUCAUUUGACUUUACUUCUCCUCUUCAGUCUUCUGCUGCCGCUGAUAAAAGUUGGCUCCGUGACUUUGUUGUGUCGCCAUGAACUUCUCUCGGACUUAAGGAGUUUCCAGAUCAGAAGGAAAGAGUCUUGAACGGCUGAUGGGAGAAAAAACGAUCCAUAUAGAAGAGAGAAGAAGCCGUUCUUUCAGUGAGAGAAAGACUUUCUAGACUCCGUGGAUUUAGAGGGUGAUUUGGGUUUUGGGUGAGCCGGACACAUAGGCGGGGAAACAGAUCAAAUUUAAAAAUAGGCGACCUUUGUCCCAGUUUUGUCCCCUGGACAACGAUGGGUUCAGACGUCCGCGACCUGAACUCCCUGCUGCCCCCUCUCCCGGCGGGCCCCAGCCCCGGCUGCCCGGCCCUGCCCGUCAGCACGGCCCCUCAGUGGGGCCCGGUCCUGGACUUCCACACCGCCGCCUCCCCGUACUCCUCCCUGGCCGCCCCGCACGCCUCCCUGGGGCCACACUCCUUCAUCAAGCAGGAGCCCAGCUGGGCCACUGGCGACCCCCACCACCACGAAGCUGACCCCCACUGCGGCCUCAGCGCCUUCACCGUCCACUUCUCCGGGCAGUUCACCGGCACCGGGGCCUGCAGGUACGGGGCCUUCGGGGCACCGCCGCCUCCGAGUCAGCCGCCGUCCGUGACCGCCCCGCACCACCACCAGCCCCCCAGCAGGAUGUUCAGCAACCCGCCGUACCUGACCAACUGCAUGGACACACAGCAGGCAGCACGCAACCAGACAGGCUACAGCGCGGUCGCAUUCGAUGGAGCCGGUAAUUACGGUCACACUCCUACACACCACAGCUCGCAGUUCUCCAACCAUUCCUUCAAGCACGAAGACGCUCUAGCCCAGCAAAGCACCAUGGCGGAGCAGCAGUACCCUGUACCUCCACCUGUCUAUGGAUGCCACACGCCUUCAGACAGCUGCACAGGCAGCCAGGCUCUACUGCUGAGAAACCCAUACAACAGCCACGCUGCGGGCUACGACAGCGACCCCAACACCCCUAUGCUGUACAGCUGCAGCACACAGUACCGCAUACACACACACGGAGUCUUCAGGGGCCUACAGGAUGUGCGGCGGGUGCCCAGCAUCGCUCCGGCCAUAGUGCGUUCAGAGAGCAGCGAGAAGCGUCCGUUCAUGUGUGCCUACCCAGGAUGCAACAAGAGAUACUUCAAGCUGUCACACCUGCAGAUGCACAGUCGCAAACACACAGGGGAGAAACCCUACCAGUGUGACUUUACAGACUGUGGCCGGAGGUUUUCUCGCUCUGACCAGCUCAAAAGACAUCAGAGGAGACACACAGGAGUUAAACCCUUCCAAUGCGAGACGUGUCAGAGAAAGUUCUCUCGGUCUGACCACCUUAAGACACACACCCGGACUCAUACAGGCGAGAAGCCGUUUAACUGCCGGUGGCCGAACUGUCAGAAGAAGUUUGCCCGGAGCGAUGAGCUGGUGCGACACCACAACAUGCACCAGAGGAACCUCACCAAGCUCCAGCUGGCCAUCUGAGUCCUUUGUCAGCCCAUAUCAAAGUGUAAACACCUGGGUUACAUCUGCUUAUAAUUUUUGUCUGCGGCUAAUCCAAACCAAAUGACCCCCUUUGCUCCCAAGAAACUAGUCUGUGUGGGAACCAGUGUUGUCCUAUUAAAAAGUUAAAAAGUUAAUAGUAGUUAACUAGAUACCACAGUCUACACUAGAUUGAAGUCUCUAUUUGUCCAGAAUGGGAUAUUUAAAGGAUAAGGCUGGCUAUAAUACAUACUUUUGUUUUUGCUAACAAAUCCAAUUAAAAGAGAAAUAGUUAAGUCAUGUUCAGACAGACAUUAGCACUGUGUGAUAAUCACAGCUCCUUCAACCAGUUUACUGGGAUCACGCCGUCUAUAUAGCGGAGGGGUGCCAACGUAAAGGUGCAGUAUUUCUACUGCUUACCUACAGUAUUUUAUUUUAUUUUAUUUUAUUUUAUUUUAUUUUAUUUUAUUUUAUUUUAUUUUAUUUUAUUUUAUUUUAUUUUAUUUUAUUUUAUUUUAUUUUAUUUUAGUAGGAGUCAAACAAACGCACAAAUAACGGCCUUUAACUUGAAAAGUUAACAGGCUAAAGAUAAACAGCUUAUUGUAUCAACAAAUUAAUGAGCAGUGUUGUUCAGCGACAGAACAAGUACAUUCAGUAUAAUAAGUUUGUAAAAUCCCUCCUCAUUAUAUUAUGCCCCACUGUGCAAUGUUUUGCGGUCUCAUAGACCUUUAAACUCAUCGUCUCAGACAUGCUGCUGUAUGUGGCUUUGAGUCAAAAUAAAUGACAGUGCCCAUGUUCAAUGUAAGGAAGGAGCAUUUCACCCAGUGAAAAUGAGGGCUCAUAGCUAAUAUUAGUCUUUGGACAACAGUUGAGGGCUACUGCAUUGUGGCAUGUGACAGUAAUUCGUUGAUUUUGGGUUUUUCAUGGGAACAGACCUUCAACAGCUUUCUGUGGUCAUUUCACCGGUACAAAAGAAAAUGGCAACUGUUAUUAGCCGCUCACCAUGAAGAGAUCAGAAGCAGCUCUGGAGACGGAUGACUGGCUAGUUAGCUAUGUGGCCUCUCCUUCUCCGGAGCGGCAAGAGUGAGACAGAGGAACCAGCACUGACGCAUGGCCACCGGCCCGCUGUUUGGCUCAUUUUCUGUAGCCAGUGUAGCAUUGAAGCUGGUGUAAUUAGCAAGCAAACUAACUAGCAAGCUGCCCGUCAGUUAGCUAUGUAGCCUCUACUUCUCUGGAGCGGCAAGAGCUAGACGGAGGAAACCUUAGACCCAGCACUGAUGCUAACUAGCAAGCUGACCGCUAGUUAGCUAACUGGUUACGGAAAAAUGAGCCGAACAAAGUUGUCACUCAUGUGGGGUCCUAGGUAGUGAGUGUGUGGAUGAAGCAUUACGUUUAAAAAUUUUACUUCUUUACUCUGGCUCUCUCACUUCUUAAAGUUACUGUAGAACCUCAGUGAGUCCGUGACAUGCCUUAAGUCUUUUCAGUUUAUACAGAAGUUAGCCCACUACAACGGUCGCAAUGGCAACGAUACACAUAAUGGUUAGUGACCGACAAUUCUACUCCUAUUUUAAUUCUAUGGAUUUGAAUACAAAUAAACAGAAUAUCACCAGUCUUAUCCUUUAAAGAAACCGUUCAAUAUUUAGAUUUUUUUCACAAGUAAAAAAAUGCUGCGUUAGGGAGAUCAUGUAUCCAUCCUCUCUAUAAUGUAAUAUUUCAUUCAUACCCAGUUAUUGACUGUUUUCUUGCCGUCAUGGUUACAUUGAGGUCAAAGGUCAGAUAUGCCUGUACAGUUUAGCGCCUUUUCUGCUGUAAAUAUCUCUUUAUGUUGAACUACUUUGGGAAGGCUUAUUUAUUCUUUUUUGGGGGACAAUAACUGCUGUCACUGGAACGUUUUAAAGGGAGCGAGGUGCCACUCACUCUCUUUGCUCUGCUAGUUCUCACACUCUCACCAUGAAAAUGAAUGCUGGGUUUGAUUUAAAGACAUCAAAUUAAGUGAAUAAUUUGCAUUGAACCCCCAUGCAGUUUUUGCAAUGUAAGCUCUUGGUGUUUCGUUAAAUAUACAUUGCAAACAUAAAUGCGCUUUGUAUUAAAAAGCUGAUCUUUUUUUGUUUUUGAGUAAUAUGAGGAUUGGAUUUUUUUGUUCAGGCAGCGCUCAGUGCUCUUGGGAGUCUCUUGUCUCUGCGGUGUGUAAAUAUUGCUGGACUUUGGCAGUGUUUUAGACACUAAAAUAUGUCUGUCUGGUCACACUGGCUCUGUGGCCGGGACAUUAUGGUCAAGAUGUAAAUAAUACUUCUUCAACGUGGGAUGUGAACUCUUUCCAUGGUGAAAAAAUAUGUAACUUAACUGAUAUGUUUUAGACUUGUCUUUGGAUGGAUCCAGGAAGUGUUUAUACUUUUCAUUUCUUCUGUCUUUCAUGUGUAUUAAUAUUUGAGUCAUCAAACAGCAAAUGUCAGUGAAACACAUUGUACUCCAAAGUGUGAGAUAAAUGAACAUGAUGGUUUCUCUCCGUGUAAAUCUAUUGUGACUGUUUUGAUACAGUACCAGUUUGUCUCUGUGGUCUUUUAUUUAU